UGCACGAGAGAGUGUUGUUUAAUGCUAGCGUGUUUUUAGCUGGUACUUGGUAGUCAGCUGUAUAAAACCGUUUUAGCUAGUAGGUAGCAGUAUCAAACAUUUAUAGCUUGGAUGUAGCAAUUUCAAACAGUUUUUAGCCUGGGAGGUACUUGUAUUAAAUAGUUGUUUUUAUAAUGGAGGUAGCAGUAUAAAAACAGUUUUUCUGACUUGGGGUAUCAGUAUACAAACAGUUUUUCUGACUUGGGGUAUCAGUAUACAAACAGUUUUUCUGACUUGGGGUAUCAGUAUAAAAACAGUUUUUUCGGACUUGGAGCUUGCAGCAUUAAACAGUUUUUAGGUUGGACGUAGCAGUAUAAAAAGUGUGUUUCUGUCUUGGAGUAUAACAACAGCGUUUAUAGCUUGGAAGUAGCAGUACAGAACAAACAUAAUUUGGAGCUAGCAGUAUAAAACUAAGGUGUUUCUAGCUAGAAUAGAGUCCCACAGGAUUUAACAUGUAUAGCGAGUGGAGAAAGCAGGGCUGGCCUCACUCGGGCCCACGGGCUAAACUAGCACCACAACCGGGUGAUGCCUACAACAUACAGUUUACAAUUAACGGCGAGAAGCAUGUUGUGUAUGAUAAGUAUCCACCUACCACAUCCCUGAACGAUUACAUCAGAGAUGUUGCUGGACUUAAGGGGACGAAAAUCAUGUGCAAGGAGGCCGGAUGUGGAUGUUGUGCAGUGGCCGUGACCUACGCCCCAGGGGGAGAUAAGGCAGAGACCAUGAGCAUUAACUCGUGUCUCUGCCCCCUGUACAGUGUAGACGGCUGGCAGAUCACCACUGUUGAAGGUAUAGGCAGUCAAAAAGAUGGAUUCCACCCAAUCCAGGAGAGGAUUGCCCAGCAUAACGGUACUCAGUGUGGCUACUGUACUCCUGGUUUUGUCAUGUCCAUGUAUGGACUACUCCACCAGAAGCCCCAGCUGAGCCAGCAGGAGAUAGAAGACUCAUUUGAUGGUCACGUGUGCAGGUGUACAGGCUACAGGUCAAUCCUGGACGCCAUGAAGUCUUUUGCUACAGACUCAACUAUUCCAGGAGCCAAGUGUGUCGACAUUGAGGAUCUUAAUAAACAUCUGUGCCCCAAAACUGGAGAGGUUUGCAAAGGGAAGCAAGAAGGAUGUUCUCAUGGCUUAUCCCUUGACUUGCGUGAAAGCAAAUGGUACAGACCAAACAACCUGCAAGAGCUUGGGAAACUUCUCACAGAAAAUAGCACCAGGAGCACAAAACUUUUGUUUGGAAACACAUCUGCAGGAAUAUUUAAGAAUGAAGGACCCUAUCAGGUUUAUAUUGAUCUUCAUGGUGUGAAGGAGCUCUACCAAUUUAAGGAAAACACAGACAGUGUUGUGUUUGGUGGCAACACCACACUCUCUAAGCUGAAGGACCAUCUGAAGGAGCUGCAACACAAGGCUGGCUUCUCCUACUUCACUGCAGUCAUUCGUCAUCUCAAAGUCAUUGCCAGUGUGCUGGUUAGAAAUGCUGGUUGCAUUGCAGGAAAUUUAAUGAUAAAGAAAAACUAUCAUGAAUUUCCAUCAGAUCUUUUCACUUUGACAGAAGCCAUUGGAGCCAGUGUUGGUAUCUUUGAUGCUAAAGAUGGCAGCACAAAGAAAUACAGCCUGUUGGAAUUCCUACAAAAAGUGGACAUGAAGCAAAAAGUCAUAGCUUUUCUUCAACUUCCAAGUUUCAAACAGUCUGAAAUCUUCCGAUCUUUUAAAAUUACUCCAAGAUGGCAGAAUGCUCAUGCAUAUGUAAAUGCUGCAUUCAAGUUUGAAGUUGUGGGUAAAAAAGUUACAGGAACUCCAUCUUUUGUGUAUGGAGGUAUCAGCAACAAUUUGAUUCAUGCUUCUAAAGCUGAAGCAUUCAUUAAAGGGAAGCAACUUGAUGACAAAAUUAUUUCAGAAACAUUGAAGGUUUUAUCUGCUGAGCUGAUUCCAGCAGAAGAUGACCCACUUGCUGCUUCUGCUAAAUACAGACAUGACCUGGCUGUCAAUCUCCUGUACAAGACACUUUUAGAGGUCUACAAACCAUCAGAUCUGAGAGUUCAAAGUGGAGCUGACAGUAUGGACAGGACUUUGUCCUUUGGGCUACAAACUUUCCAAGAGAAAGCAGAAGAGUUCCCUCUCAAGCAAGCUCUAUCUAAAUUGGAAGCACCUUUGCAGGCAUCUGGUGAAACUGUUUACACCAAUGAUAUUCCAAGUUUCCGCAGAGAACUUUGUGCAGCUUUUGUCAUUUCUACAGUAGGGUCAGCCACACUUGAACAUGUAGACCCUUCUGAAGCUUUGGCAAUCCCUGGCGUUGUGAGCUACAUCAGUGCUGCUGAUAUUCCAGAGGGAGGCAAGAAUGAUUUCAUGGACUGUUUGAUGUUUCCUGGAGUUUCCCCGGAAGAAGUUUUUAUUACAAAAGAAGUUUCCUAUGCUGGCCAAGCCAUUGGACUUAUUCUGGCAGAGAGACAGAGCAUUGCUGAUGAGGCAGCUAAGAAGGUGAAGGUCACUUAUACAAAUGUUCAGGAACCAGUGACAGAACUAGAAGAAGCCAUUGCGAAACAAAUGUUCCAUGAGGGAAAAAGAGAGGAAAAAGUUAUUGGCAACCCAGAUGAUGCCUUCAAAGACUCAGAGAUUGUUGUGUCAGGUGAAAUCAAAGAAGGCUCACAAUAUUACUUCUACAUAGAAAAUCAGGUGUCUGUAGCAGUUCCAUCUGAAGAUGGUAUUGACCUUUAUGCUGCUACACAAUGGGCAGCCCAUAAUCAUAGAGCUGCAUCUAAUAUCUUAGGCAAGCCAUUGAAUUUCAUCAACGUGAUCGCAAGUAGAAUUGGAGGUGGAUUUGGAGGCAAAUUGUUCUACUCCUGCAACAUAUCUGCUGCUGCAACUUUAGCAUGCUACAUCACCAAAAGGCCUGUUCGCCUCUGUGUAGAUUUGGCAACAAACAUGAAAUUAUCAGGGAGGAGAUUUCCAAUUUUGGCCAAGUAUAAGGCUGGUUUAAACAAAGAAGGAAAAAUGAAUGUACUUGAUCUUGAUAUAUACACAGACAGUGGUUUCAAGCCCUCAUUUCUAGCUGGAGAGUUCCCUCACUCACUUGACCAAGGUUACCACAUCCCCAACUGGCGUGUUGUUACCACACUUGUCCGCACCAACAAAGCCACAGCACAAGCUUGUCGAGCUCCUGGUACUGUGCCAGCUUCCCUUGUCAUAGAAAGUAUCCUUGAACAUGCCGCAAAAGAAGUCAGAAUGCACCCAAUUCUUUUUAAAGAGAUUAAUUUGUACGACAAGGGCCAGACUGACAUACAGGGUGUUCCCCUAACCCACUGCACCAUCAGAGAUUUGUGGCAGAGGCUUAAACAAAUUGCUGAAGUCACUGAGAGGAUAAAACAAACAGAUCAAUUCAAUCAGAACAACAAGUGGCGUAAGCGAGGUAUCACCAUGUGUGCUGUUAAAUACAACAUCCUCCACUUUCCUCCUGGUCAAGUGGUCAAUGUUUCUGUGUUUGCUGAUGAUGGGACAGUCACUGUGAUGACUUCAGGAACAGAAAUGGGGCAAGGACUUUAUACAAAGGUCUCCCAGGCUGUUGCCAGGACAUUGAAAGUCCCACUGAAUUACAUCAAAGUUAGACCUCAACAAAACAACACCAUACCUAACCCGAGCUUCACUGGGGGAAGUUCUGGUAGUGAAAUGUGUGUCUCUGCAGCCAUCAAUGCUUGCAGAGAACUGAAUGAGAGACUUGAGCCAUUAAGGGCUAAGAUGCCAGAUGCUGAUUGGCCAACUUUACUCAAAAUGUGUCAUUUUAGUAAUAUUGAUCUGGCAACUAGAGCUAAAUCUGACAAGGGAGAUAAGAUGUUGCAGUACCACACCUACUGUGCUGGUGUUGUUGAGACUGAGGUUGAUGUCCUAACAGGGGAAUACCAGGUCAAGAGAGUUGACAUAAUGGCGGAUUUUGGGGAGAGUAUCAACCCAACUGUUGACAUUGGUCAAGUAGAGGGAGCUUUUGUCAUGGGCCUUGGUGCAUAUUUGUCAGAGGACCUUCAUUUUGACAAGAAAACUGGCCAGGUCUUGAAUGAUGGCACAUGGGAAUACAAACCUCCCACAACAAAAGACAUCCCCAUAGACUGGAGGAUCCACUUCAUGCCUGACACACCCAACCCUGUUGGAGUCCUCAGUUCUAAAGCUGUGGGAGAGCCUCCCAUUAGUCUGGCUGUUGGAGCUCUUCUUUCUAUCAAGAGUGGAGUGGAGGCAGUCAGAGAAGAGUUGACUGGUGAAAGAUCUUUUAUCCCUGUUGAGGCCCCAUACACAGUGGAGAAGGUCCAGCUUAGCACUGGUAUCAAUUUGGAACAUUUGAAAGUCUAGCUGGAAAUUUCAGUUUCAUCUCAAAUCUUGGUUUUCAAGACAUGUGUUUAAAAGUUAUUAUAUUUGUAAAUAAUGAAUACAAAGAUUUUGCUUAGCUUUCAACCUAUUGAACAGAAAUAUUUAUCACUUUUAUAAUAUUUAUAGUGUUAUAUUGGCUUUGCAUAAUAAUGCACUUUAUACACUUUUAGCUUAUAAUGAAUCUUGUUGAUGGAUUUAUCAAUCAUAUAUAGAUAAAUAGAUAUUUCUCAAUACAGUUUUUGUACAUAUCUAUCUAUUUCUGAUGAUUUUACUAGAAAAUUACUGAUCCCAGUGAGAUAUUUAUUUAAAAUACAAUUUAAAAAAAAAACAUUUGUUUUAUUUAUUUAUAAAUUAAUUUUGUUAGUGGAAAUCUCAGUUAAUGAACUCUUAAUUUUUUUCAUCAUUGUUUUAUAAUAAAUAUUUUUUAUGAACUAAUUUUAGGUUAUAUUUACCUCAAAUAAAAUGUAAGCAUACAGUAAUUUUUAUGGAGACACAUUGGCUAAACCAACUUUAAAAUCUACUGGUUAAAUUAUCAUAAAAACAUUUACUGUUUGACUCAAUUAGAAAUUAUUUUGUAAUUCAGGCAGCUCAGAUGCCAAAAUUUGUUUUAAGAGACUUCUUACAGUAAUCAUUCAACAUUUAAAACUAUUUAUAAAACUUUUUUUUUUUAAUAGCACAAAGUGUUUUAUAGUUUAUUGAGACUUGAUUUAUUAACUCAAGUUUACAUUCUAUCUAUAAAUGUAAUGUAACAAUCUAUUAAAAAAAUAUAUUCAAAAAACAUUUUUUGUGUUUGCACUUUUAAUAAAAUUUCUACUCACUUAGAUAUAAAAGUUGCACUUAUUCAAUAAACAAUAAUUGGAAUUCUUUUCUAA